AUGAGUACCGACAAACAGCAAGAUCCCAAGAAAUGGGGCUUCAAGAUCGAUCACCACCCACAACCUCACCACACACCCCGCGUCGUCGCCAGACACAUCUGCGCACCGGAGUCAUGCUACCACGACGACAAAGUCCUCCCCCCGCGCCCCAGGAGCCGAGAGCGCGUGGUGUACGCGCGCCGGAGACCACGAACACGGGGACCGCACCACGACAUGCCGAUUCUCCGCGGCGGGGACGAGUGCACCACGCACCCGAAACGGGGCCGGCGGCGGACGUUGCUGUUCGACGAGUACGAGGCGUAUCCGAGGGGCGGCCACGAGUACUUCGGCACCGCCACGACGCCUAGGGAGGAGACGCCGCCUGCGAGGAUGGUCAGGGAGAGGAGGAGUUUCACGCCGACGAGGAUCGUGAGGGAGAGCGGGAGCCGGAGGAGGAGCCGGAGGAGGAGAAGGGGAGGUGAUGGGGAUGAUGAUGGGAGGGACGACGAGAUGGUCGUGAUGCACGGUGCUCUGGUGGAAGAUGGGGAUAGGAGGGGAGGGGGGUACGGUGGUAGGCGGAGGGAGAGGAGUUGGGAGAGGAGGUCGGACCCGGAUGAUCGGAUUGGGGAGAUUGAUGACCGGACUGAGCAUUCGUAUGUGAUGGGGGAGAGGAGGGAGGAUCCGGGGCGGAGGAUGGUGAGGUUUCAGAGGUCUUGA